AUGGCCGCGCCGCCGCCGCCACCGCCCGAUACGCACGCGCCCUCGGCCGAGGAGUUGGAAGAGGCCAAGUCUCAUCUGCACCAUGCACCUCCUGCCCCGCCCAAGAGUGGAGUGGAUCCCCAGGUCCUGGCAAUCUACCAGGCCACCUUCGAUCGUGACUUUCCCACGGGUGGCAUGGCGUUGGUCUGCGAGACCUUGGGCUUGGACACGGUGAAGUACCCAGGAGCGAAGCCCACCACCCGUCGGAGCGAAGCUGGAGGAACGCUUCGUGACGAUCCACCGGGCAACUUGAGAGGCUAUUUGUCAUGCACGACCAAGGAGGAGUUCACGAAGAUGUCCUUAGGCGCAGAAGCGAAGGUUCCCCGCUUCGGCUUCACAUGGAUCCUGCGGAAGGGCUUCCUCGCCUUCCCAAUUGAGAAAACCCUGACCCACCAACACCUGCUGACACCUUCUCCUGAAACGCGGCGAGACCGGAACUGCUUGUUCUCCCAUCCACGGCGCGGUUGGAAGACGAUGGCGGAUCCUUACGGCUCCAUUUACGUGAUCCUUGCAGAGGAUGAGGAGAUGUUUAUGGACUUGGCGGCCUCAGCGCUUGAGUCCAUCGGGGUGCCGGAGCAGAACCUGCGGACGGCCGAAGAUGGCCAAGAAGCCUUGAACCAUUUCGAUGAGCUGCGACGACAGGAGCCCUCGGCACGAGUCUUGGCCUUCCUUGAUGUCCGGAUGUCCGGCAUGGAUGGCACCGAAGCGGCCAAGGAGAUCAAGCGUCGCGAGGUCAGACAGCCUUUCUUGGUGUGUUGCUCUGCGAACAUCACCGCGCUGGAAAAGGCCGAGGAUGGUGUUUUUGAUCUGAACAUGCCGAAGAACUUCUCGGACACCGAUGUGCUUUGA